AUGUCCGACGCCGAAUCGCCUGCUGGCUCACCAGCCAACGAACCCGUCGAUGACGGGCAGGAGCGAGAAUUCGAGGAGGAGGUGGCCGCUGCCGACUCGGACCGCGACUCGGAUCUGCUGUCCGAGGUGGACGAGGACCAGUUUGAAGACUACGACCCCGAGACCGCCAACAUUGAAGAUCGGCCGGUGGACAUUGAUGAGGAUGCGGCGCGCACACUGAAGGCGAGCAAGCGCAAGAGGGCAGAGGGCGAGGCGGCGAGGAAACCCAGAGAAGGACGGAGGGAGAAGAAGCGUCGAGACCGGGACGACGAUGUCGCCAUGGACAACGAGGCCGACGCCGACGGAGAGGCACCGCAGCGGAGAUCGAGACGCGCCGCAGAAGGAGAGAGGCGGCGUCCGAAAAGGGACAAGAGCCCGGACGAGGGACCCAACGAGGAGGAUCUCAGCCCGGAGCAGAGGAGAGCGCUGGCGAUCGAGCGAGCCCUGGACGCCGCCAUCAAGAAGCCGGCCGCCACCAAGAGGAAGCGCAAGGACGAGAUUGACCUCGAGGACGAAAUCGACGAAACGCUGGCGGAGCUCAAGACGCGGAUGGACAAGGCCUGCGUCGACGACAACGCGGCGCGCGGGGCCGGCCAGCCUGCGCUGCACAAGCUGAAGCUGCUGCCCGAGGUCGUCGGGCUGCUGAACCGAAACAACGUCCAACAUGCCGUGUUGGACCCCGACACCAACUUUUUGCAGCACGUCAAGUUCUUCCUAGAGCCGCUCAAUGACGGAUCCCUGCCGGCGUACAACAUUCAGCGCGACAUUUUCAUGGCGCUCACCAAGCUCAGCAUCGAGAAGGAGGCGCUCAUGAGCAGCGGCAUCGGCAAGGUGGUGCUCUUUUACACGCGAAGCAAGAAGCCGGAGCCCAGCAUCAAGCGCAUGGCGGAGCGCCUGCUGGGCGAGUGGAGCCGGCCGAUUCUGAAGCGGACCGACGACUACAAGAAGAGGCACAUUGAGACGCGCGAGUUUGACUACCAUGCCGCCAAAGUGGCCCAGCGCCAAAAGUCUGGAUCGCAGUUCAGCCUCACGCAGCGGCCUGCCCAGUCGGCGCGGGAUGCGUUCCUCGCGCCGGCGCGCGCCGACAAUCAAGCACGGAUGGGCCAUUUGCCGCAGAGCUACACGAUCGCGCCCAAGAGCACGUUUGACGGAACGCGGGGCCAGGACCACCGGCCGCUGGGCGCCAGCGGCAUGGAGGCGUUUAGGCGGAUGACGCAGAAGAAGAAGCGGGCGUAG